UAUUUAUUUAUUAUAUAUUUAUCUGUUGGUGAUGAUGAUGAAUUGACGAUGAUGUUGUUGUGUUAAAAUUUGUCGACGUAUUUAAAAACUCCCAAAUUCCAUCCAAUCCAAUCCAAUCCAAUCCAAUCCAAUCCAGUGAGUUAUUAGUAGCACCACCAUCAUCACCUGACCACCGUACGUACUUUUCAAUUCAAUUAGACUGACUUUAUCAAUCAAUCAAAAUAUUUUUAAUUUGUAUAUUUCAAAUUAAAAGUAUUAUUAUUGAUUGAUGAUGGAGCAUCCCACCAGCACAACAACAGAAGAUACUGAAUCAGCCCAACAGAUGAUUCUCCGAUGGGACCCUUGCUCCUCCUCCGAACUUGGCAUGAUCUUCGACGGCCACCGCCACGAAAUCCAUCAAUACUUGUCCGCCAUCGAUCAAAUCAGCCACCUCUCCCUGCAGGAGGAGGAGGAGGAGUCAGCUGCUAUCUUACCAGACGACGACGACAAGAAGAAGAAGAAGAAAGUCAACAAGAGCAAUAUCAUGAGGAUAGCCAUGGCUCGUCUUGAAGACGAAUUCCGUAACAUCCUCAUCUCUCAGGUCGACUCCGAACCCCUACUUUCUGACUCCUCCGUCACUUGUUCCUCGUCAACUCCACGAACAAGGACCUCCUCCUCCUCCUCCUUUUUCGGUAAUAAUAAUACGAGUAAUAAGGAUGAGGAGGAGGAGGGAGAGGAGGAGGAGGAGGAGCUGCUUUCCGAACAAGGCGAAAGCAGCAGUCUGUCCACCUAUCGAUCCAUGAGUAGCAUUCGGGAGAUAGAUCUGAUGCCUUGCGAUAGUGUUAAUGACCUUAGAUUGAUUGCCCAAAGGAUGAUCUUCGCUGGCUACUCCAGGGAGUGUGUCCAGGUCUACGCCACCGUACGCAAACCCGCCGUCGAUGCCACUUUUAAGAAGCUGGGCGUUGACAAGUUGAGCAUCGGCGACAUCCAGCGCUUGGAAUGGGUGGCUUUGAAUGCCAAGAUUGGCAAAUGGAUUCGCGCUGUCAAAUUGUCUGUCAGGGUCUUGUUUGCCAGCGAAAAACGACUCUGCCAACAAAUCUUUCAAGGCCUCCACUCCUUAGAUGAUGCCUGCUUUGCUGAAACUGUCAAGGCUCCCGCCGCUCAGCUUUUUAACUUUGCUGAAGCUAUUAGUAUUAGCAGACGCGCCCCCGAGAAGCUGUUCAAGAUCUUGGAUUUGCACGACACUUUGAUUGAUUUACUUCCCGAUAUUGAUGCCGUUUUUCAAGGCAAGUCCUCUGAAUCGUUUAGGGUUCAGGCGGCCGAGAUAAUAUCUAGGCUAGCUGAGGCUGCUAGAGGGAUGCUUAAUGAGUUUGAAAGUGCCGUGCUUAGAGAGCCUUCUAGAGUCCCUGUUCCCGGUGGAACCAUUCAUCCCUUGACUAGGUAUGUCAUGAACUACAUAACCUUGAUUUCCGAAUAUAAACAAACCUUAGGCGAAUUGAUCGUGGCUAGGCCCACAACGGGUUCUAGAUACCCGGAUGAUGACACUAGCCCAGAUAUGGAUUUUACUGACCAUGAGGAGCAAUCCGCGUUAGCCCUCCAUUUGAUAUGGAUAACAGUGAUACUGCAGUUCAAUUUAGAAGGCAAAUCCAAGCACUACCGCGACAACUCAUUGGCUCAUGUGUUUGUUAUGAACAAUGUUCAUUACAUUGUUCAAAAGAUUAAAGGGUCUCCUGAAUUAAGGGAGAUGAUAGGGGAUAUCUAUUUGAAGAAACUCACUGGGAAAUACAGGCAGGCUGCAACGGGCUACCAACGAGCAACCUGGGUAGGGGUGUUGAAUUGUUUGAGUAAUGAAGGCUUGCAUGUUAGUGGAAGCUUCUCAUCCGGGGUUUCAAAGACUGCUCUGAGAGAACGAUUCAAGUCGUUCAAUGCAAUGUUCGAUGACGUUCACAAAACACAAGCGUUAUGGCUGAUACCCGAUACACGACUUCGUGAAGAGCUACGGAUCUCCAUAUCGGAGCUGCUAAUCCCGGCUUAUCGGUCAUUUCUUGGCAGAUACAGAGGUCAUAUAGAGAGUGGGAGGCACCCUGAAAAUUACAUCAAGUACUCUGUUGAAGAUCUUGAGACCGCAGUCCUGGACUUCUUUGAAGGAUGUGUGGUGUCACAGCAUUCGAGGAGAAGGUCACAAUGAUCAGAACUUCAAGUGGCUAGAAUAUUGUAGGACACCAUUCUUUGAUUUUUUUUUUUCCUUCUUCUUCUCCGUGUGGGGUGAUUUGGUGGUGAUUGGUUUUUGGUGACUCAAAAACUCUGGUGAUGGAAAAAGUGUGGACGAAAGAGGAAGUCUCCUGAUCAGUGCUCCCCUGUAAGCAAUGAUGUUUCUUUAUCUUUUUUCUUCCUACCUUGUUAAGUUAAUUGUAGCACUUGUUUGUAUGUGAAAUUGUGAACUUCUGUACAUGUUUUAUUCUCUUAUAAUUACAUGAAAGAUCACUAUUUGUGAGACCA